AUUCUUUGACGUUUAGAUACUUGCUUUAGUCGCCAACAUGGCUGUCGACAAUAUUUUGGAAGAUGAAGAGGAGAAUAUUUUGUAUGAUUUACUCAUAAAUACGGAGUGGCCACCUGAGACGGACACACAGUUGAGGGGAUAUAAGGAACACGAUUCGUCGUUGAUCGCCAAAGCAGUGACAGGUCCCUUCAGGUUCAUCCUUCACUACUUAUGGUACAGCCCCUCUAGUUCCUCGCUGCCCCCAGGACUAGUGCGUCUGGCCGCCAAACAGAUCAACUGGCAGCUGGUGUUGGCAAGUAAUGGGAAGCUGCUGGCGCUCGUUCAGGACCAGUGUGUGGAGAUCCGGUCUGCUAGAGAUGAUUUUGCCUCAGUCAUUGGGAAAUGCCAAGUGCCCAAGGACCCCAACCCUCAGUGGCGCCGGGUGGCAUGGAGCCAUGACUGUGCUUUCCUGGCGUACUCCGACAGCACCGGCACCGUCCGGCUCUUUGACCUCAUGGGGAGCGAGCUCUUCAUCAUACCACCGGCGGUCAGUUUCCCUGGUGACUUCAGCUAUGCGGCCGCCGGUCUGGUGUUCCUUGAGUACACGGCCAGUGCCCAGUGGUCUUCAGAGCUGCUGGUCAUCACCUACAGCGGUCAGCUCAAAAGCUAUCUAGUCAGUGUGGGGACCAACCAGGCCUUUCAAGAGAGCCACACCUUCAGUUUCUCUGCCCACUACACCAACGGCAUUACCACAGCCAUCUUUCAUUCAGGCCACAGGCUACUGUUUGUGGGGGGGUGUGAGUCGAGCGACGACGGCGUGACUCGCGCCACCCGCUGUGGCCUGACCGCCUGGAGACUGUUGUCAGGGCAACCACACUACAAACAGGUCAUCAGUUACGAAGACGACGUGGGAUCGGCUCAAAGGAGAGGUUUCUUCAGAAUUCCCAGCUUCAGGUUUUUCUCUCGACAAAGCAAUGAGCUGGAUGGUGUGUUUAGGAUGAGUCUGUCUCCAGACGGUGCUCUCCUGGCUGUGGUUCACUUCUCAGGGAGACUCAGUCUCUGGGACAUCCCCUCUUUCAAACUCAGAGCCAGCUGGGAGCAAAGCCAACAGCCAGGAUUUGAUGAAAUCAACCCAGAGUGGAAGACUUCUCUGGAAAAGAGGAAAAAAAUAAAAGAUAAGGAGCAGUACGGUUCUCUGAUGGACGUGAGCUGGUGGAGUGACGCUGCCUUUAUUCUGGCCCGCUGUUCGGGUUCUCUCACCGUCUCAUCGCUUAAAACCCUACGGAACCUACUGGGGAAGUCCUGCGAGUGGUUUGAGCCAUCGCCAAGGGUUACGUCUGCUCAUGACGGAGGAUUUCUCAGCCUGGAGUGUGAGGUGAAGUUGGCCCCUAAGCGCUCCCGGCUGGAGAGCAGCCCCGGUGAGGAUGACGAUGGUGCCGAGGACGACUCUGACUCCGACGAAGAGUCGUCGGCACGGGCCCGCUACUUUGGCUACGUCAAGCAGGGCCUCUACUACGUCACCGAGAUGGAACGCUUCGCCCCGCCACGGAAAAGGCCCCGCGCUGUCAUCAAGAACUACCGGCUAGUCAGUCUCCGCUCCACCACCCCCGAGGAGCUCUACCAGAGGAAGAUUGAUAAUGAGGAGUACGGCGAGGCUCUGUCCCUGGCUCAUGCCUACGGUCUGGACUCUGAUCUGGUUUACCAGAGACAGUGGAGAAAGUCCACAGUCAGCAUCGCCUCCAUCCAGGAUUAUUUGAGUAAGAUAAAGAAGCGCUCUUGGGUGCUGCAUGAGUGUGUAGAGCGUGUGCCAGAGAACGUGGACGCUGCCAAGGAGCUGCUGCUGUACGGCCUCAAGGGCACAGACCUGGAGGCACUCAUCGCCAUCGGCAACGGAGAGGACGGGGGCAGGUUCAUCCUUGCAGGUGAUGUUGAUGUGGAUGACACGCCUUAUGAAGACUUUCUCUCUGCUGAGGAAGAGGUGGAGAAAAGAAAGGAGAGAGAUCAGAAUAAGAGACAAGAGUUGCUCAAGAAAGUGGACUUCAGCAGGUUGACUCUGGAGCAAAAGGAGCUAUGCAGGAGUCGUCUGAAGCUUCUCAGCUACCUUGACAGGCUCGCCACCUAUGAGGAGAUACUGGGUGGGCCUCAUGCCGCAGAGGAGAGAUAUGAUGCUGAAUUCUUUAAGACUUUCCGCAAUCAGAAUAUUGUCCUGUCGGCAAGAAACUAUGCCAGGGAGAGUAACGUCCAAGCUCUGGACAUUCUCUUCACCUACCAUGGCUCUGAGCUGUUGCAGCAUCGCCUGGCCAUCCUCUGCAAUUUCCCAGAAACCACCUCUCCGCACGAGUACACCAUCCUGCUCCCCGAGGCCUGUGUUGAUCAGGACGAUCUGGUGUGUAUUCCAUGGGAUGAGCGGAAACACAGAGACACAGACUGGUGUGAGGAGAGUGAGUGCAGGUCGGUAGUGGAGACCAACCCUCCUGAUGAGGACGACUUCCUGUAUGAGGACGCGGCCCUCGUGAGGUUCCGCACAGCGGAUCCACCAAUCACGCUCCUCACUGACUGGUACCUCACUCGUGCUCGAGAUAUGGAGAACAACUCCAGACAGGUGGACUGUGCGCUGUCAUUGGUGCGUCUUGCGAAGGAGCGGGAGAUCCCGGGGUUGGAGCGUCUGUGUGAUGACCUGGUUACCCUGGAGACACUGGUGUACGAGACGUCAUGUGACCUGAGCCUCAGCCUACGGGAGCUGCUGCAGCUGCGUGACAUUGACAAGCUCCGCCUCCUCAUGAAAAAUUCGUCUGAGCAGAGGUAUGUGCGGAACUGUUUCCAGUGGAUGGUUCCCUUCUUGCAGCGUUGUGAGAAAGAGGGCGGGGCCGAAAGCAGGACAGGAGGCGGAGCAGAGGGUCUGGCCGCCGCCCUUCUCAGGGAGUACCUGGUGUCACUUGCUACAGAUGACCUCACACUGCCCCUAAAGGUCUUCCAACACUCCAAACCUGAUUGUCACCAGAAGAUCAUCUCUGACCCCGACCAGCUGAUGCAGGUGGCGCUGGACUCUAUCUACAACUGUGAGAGAGACGACCAGCUGCCUCUCUGCUACGACAUCCUAGAGUGUCUGCCUCAAAGGGGAUACGGACUCGAAACGGAUGCUACAAGAGAUCUACAUGACCGAGUGGACCUGCUGGAAAAACACCUCAGUGUGGCAGAGGUACUGGAGAAGCACGGUCUGCGGAAGCCCAUCUCCUUCGUAAGGAAGAGCCAGAGCAGCACAGACGAGGCCCAUGAACUCAUGGUCAAACUCACCAGACAUGUUGGGCGCAGGACUACUCCAGUCAGUGAGAACGAGUGGAAGAGCUUGCUUCAGGACCUCCUAGAGAUGCAGCAGAACGUUUACACGUGUCUGAAGCCGGAGACCUGCCAGGAGGUGUUCGCAGAUAGCUUGUUAUGUUCGGGUCGCCAGGAGACGGUUUCUCUGGCCGGCCAGAUGAUGCACAGCAGCGCCGUUGCCGAGGAUACGCCGGUGAGCGUGUCACUACGGAUACGGGGCCCGGGCCGCGUGGCAUAUGCCCGGAGUGUGGAGCUGGUGCUCGCUGCUGCCCGGGAGUACUUCAACUCCUGCUCCUCGCUCAGGGACCCCUGCAUGAACCUGGCACGGUCGUGUCUAUUGCUGAUCGCUGACUGCCCUUCCGUGGUGUCUGAGGAGUUGGACCUCAUCAGCGCUCUCUCUCGACUGGAGGACUUCAACGUCAAAAUCCUCCCCUUACAAGUUCGUCUCCGUGAGGACCGUCUCUCCCUGAUAAAGGAGUGUGUGUCCCAGUGCCCCUCUGCUUACCGCCAGGCCACCACUCUACUGGAGCUGGCCAGACUUCUGCGUGUGGCAGGUGACAGCGAGGCAACACGAAGGGCCAGUGUUCAGGACUACAAAGCCUCCUACAGCCACUGCCAGGAACUUAUGACCACAGGUUACAGCGGUGGCUGGGAUGUGUGUGCUCGUUUGGCGGAGUGUGAGGGCUAUGCGGACCUGCCUGCGCGUCAGAAGCUGAUGGCCUUCUCCCUGACCCACUGCCCUCCAGCCAGCAUCCAGAACCUUCUGGCCGCAUCCAGCAACCUGGAGACACAGGUCCUGUACCAGGCUGUGAACUACCAGAAAGACCCGACCCAGUCAGAGGAAGGUUCUGAUGGGACACCGGAGGAAGUGAACUCAGAGCAGUCUGCAGACCUGCUGCACAGAACCACGGCCCGGACCAUGCAGGUGCUGACCCACACUGGGGAGACCACCCGAGCCGUGCUGUCUGCUGUCACGGACAAGCAGUGGUGGAGAGAUUCGCUCAACUACUUACGACCGCUGCAGGGUUAUGGGAUGUCAACAGGAGACGCUUCAGCCAAUCACAAUGCAGAUCUGGAGCGACAAGCGUGCCACCCCUUCUACGAGUCGCUCUUUGAGAAUCCCUACGUCCAUCCGAGUGAGGACGUGUACUGCAGCUAUGACUACACACCCUGUGAGGACUUUGCUGAGGUGCUGCUGAGGACAGGAAAGCUGGCGGAGACCCGCAGUGAAGGACAGAACCUCUUCCCAGCCACUGAAGUUCUCCUCCAGCUGGCAUCCGAUGCCUUUCCUCGGGACAUGACGCUUGCCCUGGCCUACUUAUUGGCCUUGCCUCAGGUGCUGGAUGCGAACAGCUGCUUUGAGAAGCAGCCUGCGAGUGCUCUGUCUCUGCAGCUGGCGGCCUACUACUACUCCCUGCAAAUCUACUCCCGUCUGGUGCCCUGCUUCAAGAACACACGGCACCCCCUCUACAGGGCGGACCCCAAAGAGCUGAUCCGGCUUGUGACGCGCCAUGUGAGCGAGCAGGAGGAGAGCGCCGAUUGGCCAGCGGAGGUGGGCCUUCUGAUUGGCCAGCUGCGGGCCUACUCCGAGCGCCUGGCCGACUACACACAGGCCCAGGUUCUGCAGGGUCUCGGCCGCGGCGUGGACACACAGCGCUUCAGCUCCGAUGCACAGUACAAGAAAGAGACCAUCCUGGGCCUCGCCGAGACACUGGACGAGAGUGUGUACCGUAUUUCCAUGUCAUUGGCUCAGCGCUACAGUGUUCCUCUUUGGGAGGUGUACAUGACACACCUUGAGUUCCUGUUCACUGACAGUGGGCUAGCCACUAAUGAGAUUGAGAGCCGCUGCGAGUCCCUGGCCCUACUGACCACGCUGAAGAACAAUCCAGAAGAUUUCUAUGCCCACAUGCUCAAGUACGUGUACCCGGCCAUUGCAGGAAGUGACCUCAGCCGCCUGCUGCUCUACUAUUCACUUCUGGAGUCAUGUGACUGUGCUCAGUACAUCACCGCGGCGAUGAAGCCCGACACGCAUGUCAAACUGCUGAAGAAGCUCAAGGCUGUAGCAAGUGGCUUGGACUACAGGAAGCUGACGGACGAGGCGUCGGACCCGCUGCAGGCCCUGGAGCCGGUGCUGAGCAGUCAGAACGUGCUGUCCGUCUCCAAGCUGGUGGGCCGGGUGCCGCUGGCCUCGGGCGCGUGCCUCACCCCCAGCGCGGUGCACGCGGCCUGGCUGAGGAGGCUGUUCUGGAGGGGGGACCCCCAGGUGCUGAAGACGCCCCCCCAGACGGACGUCGAGUUCCUGCACGCCUACGACACCUGCGGCAAGUACCUGGACAGGCUCCUGCCGGGCGACGCCGUCUGCUUCCUGGAUUUCAUUACCUUCUCCCCCGAAGCGGCCAAUCAGCUUACGGUGGAGACCCGCUGUGAGAUCAGCAAGCGCGCUCUCAAGUCGCUGCGGGCCGCAGCCGAAAAGACCAGGAAGAAGGGUGGAGAUGAUGGGGAGGGCCCUGCCUCCUUUGAACCCGCCCUCUCCCACCUCAGCCAAUCAGUGGCUCACCUGGAGACACUCACCCUGGACUUCCCCCUGUCACUCAAAAACAGCGAUGAAGAGCUCUUGCGGAGCUACAGCCGCCUCUACGACCUCUCGCGCUCUGAAGGUCCGAAGGUCCACCAGCUGGCCGUCACUAUGGCGAUGGACGGCCAGCCUCUGAGGUGCGUCGAGCAGCUGCUCGAGGUUGCUGUGGGAACCUCGGAGCUGUCUGUCAAGGGUGUGAUGCAAGACGCCGUGGAAAGGAUCAUAUCGGCAUUCAGUGGAGAUGAAGAGGUGCUUAAACACUACCCAGACCCACUGAAGGUUCUAGAAGGCAUUGUCUCUGCUGUGCAUGCCCAUGUUGAGAAUGGUGGAGGACUGGUGAGCUCGGACAAUGUGUUGGCAUGGUUACGGCCGUUCUGCGGUGAUGACGGGCGUCCGGUGCGUCCGCGGAUUGAGGUGCUGAAAGUUCUGGAGCAUUCAUUCAGUCUGAGUGAGGAGGACAUCCGACUGCUGGUGUUCUUCCGAAGCCAAGCUGUGCUCAAGGCCGGCUGGCCCGAUAGAGAGGUACACACUCACACUCUCUCUCACACACACACACACAGUGUUCGCAGAUAG